AUGGCUUAUGCAGGACUGAUAUUGGCUGUGUUGACGAUCAUUCUGUCCGUCGUGUGCUACUUCAAGAUUUUAUACGAAUGGCACCGGAAGGUGCGCAUCCAAACCGCACGUCCAUCUGCAACCCGCCUGACUUCGAAGCUGACGACAGAGUUGGCUCAUCAUCACCACCAACGACAAAUAGCUACACAAUCAACCGAAUUGCUGACUUUUCCACAAGCACCAGGUCCGAUGCCGUGGCCGAUUCUUGGUAGCCUGGCUAUCCUCGGCCAAUACGAAGUACCAUUCGAGGGAUUCACGGCGUUGGCGAAGAAGUACGGCGAUCUGUACAGUAUCACGCUUGGAACAACCCGUUGUCUUGUCGUCAAUAACCUUGACCUGAUCCGAGAGGUGCUGAACCAGAACGGGCGCUACUUCGGUGGCCGACCUGACUUCUUGCGAUUCCACAAGCUCUUCGGCGGGGACCGCAACAACUCUUUGGCGUUGUGUGAUUGGUCGGUACUGCAGCAGAAACGUCGAAAUCUGGCCCGAAAACAUUGCUCUCCCAGCGAUGCUUCAAGUUACUAUCAGAAGAUGAGCUACGUUGGAGUGAUGGAGAUGCACCGCUUAAUGGAUCAAUUAGACGAAGUAGUUAAGCCUGGAACCGAUUUCAAGGUGAAGCCUCUGAUCAUGCAAGCGUGCGCAAACAUGUUCAGCGAGUACAUGUGUUCCGUACGGUUUGACUAUAACGAUCAACGAUUUGUUAGUAUGGUCCGAAAUUUCGACGAGAUUUUCUGGGAAAUCAACCAGGGCUAUGCGGUGGACUUCCUUCCCUGGCUGGCGCCAUUUUACCAUAAACACAUGAAUAAGCUCUCACGCUGGUCCGCCGAGAUUCGCGACUUUAUUCUCGAGCGGAUCGUAAAUGAGCGCGAACAGACACUCAGCGAAGAAGAGCCGGAGCGAGACUUUACGGACGCGUUGCUAACAAGCCUGCGGGAGGACCCGACAGUGACCCGCGAUACGAUCAUGUAUAUGCUGGAAGAUUUCCUAGGCGGCCACUCGGCUAUCGGAAAUUUAGUGAUGUUAGCGCUUGGUUAUAUCGCUAAGCAUCCGGAGGUAGGCAGGCGUAUCCAAUGUGAAAUCGAUCGCAUCACUGAUAACUGCAGGCGUAAUGUAACACUGUAUGAUACAGAAAGCAUGCCGUACACGGUGGCAACCAUUUUCGAGGUACUACGCUAUUCAUCUUCGCCCAUUGUACCUCACGUAGCAACGGAGGAUACAUGUAUUGCCGGAUACGGUGUAACGAAGGGCACGGUUGUGUUCAUCAAUAACUACGAGCUCAACACAAGUGAGAAGUACUGGGUCGAGCCGAAGCGCUUCGCUCCGAGCCGGUUCAUAGAGACGGCUACAUUAGCGCAAAUCCGGUGCGACUUGAGUGAUUCACCAACUGCCAAGCAGGACCUUAGUAGCAUUAUAAAGACGAACGGCAUCAGUAGUGAAAAUGAGAAAACGCUGCAGAUCGAGCGAGUACGCAAAAACAUUCCACACUUUCUACCGUUCAGCAUCGGCAAACGAACCUGCAUAGGACAGAAUCUUGUGCGGGGCUUCAGUUUCAUUAUCAUUGCCAACAUCCUGCAAAAAUACGACGUCCACUCCCACGAUAUAAGUCAGAUUAAGAUGUAUCCCGCAUGUGUUGCUGUGCCGCCCGACACUUAUUCGCUAGCAUUCACACACCGCAACCGAUUCACACAAGACCAGUGA